UUCUGAUAGCGAAUCCGAUGAAGAUGAUAAUUCAAUUGAGGAAGAAGGAUUUUGCCUUGAUAUAAAUACCGCUUCGUUUGACGAUUAUGUUGAUCAAAGUAAAAGAGAUUCUGAGUGGAAAUUACUAAAUGGUCAGCAACUUGUUAAAGUUCUUAAUAGUAAGACUUCCGAAAUGGUUAAACUAUUUCUAAACAAAGAUAAAAAAGAGCAAACCCUAAUUGUGAAAAGUGUCAUCAGGUUAGAAUUGUCUUCAAUAAUUGAUUUAUCAUCUGAGUUCGAAGACAGAAUGUAUUCAUGGUUUGAGAAGGAUUGGACUAAUAUUAAAAAAAAGGUCUAUGAAAUUAUUGAUAUGAAAUAG